ACAGCAACCUGCAAAAUUUCAAUAGAAACUACUAAGAUGUAUCUCCUCUUUUUAAACCUCCUUGGAUUAUGCAUUAUGCAAAUUUGAAGAAGAACAAAUUUAGAUUCUACAAACAGAGAUUUCAACUUAAUAACAUAGUAAAAAAAUAUUGUAUAAUAUUUGAAAAUAGUUAUGCAUAUUAUGAGAGUUAAUUGGUAUAGGUGAUAACAAAAUUAAAAAACCAAUAGAAACAAGCAACUAAUUAAACAACUUUCUUUUACAAUUAAGUAAGGUGUGAAAAGCUAGAUAUGUUAAACAGGAAUAUUUUGCACACUUGCUCACUUUCUGCAUAGUAGUGUGCUUGCAGCUUGCAAAACCUGCUUGUAUUUCUGCCAUGGUUAACCUGUCUAAACUCAUACAGCAUAGUUUCUGCAUGCUGUCUUUCAUAAACAUAGCUUGGUUGAACUUACUAAGCUUUUUCUCUGGUAAAGAAUCUAUCAGAAAGCCAUGGUAAUAAUAGUAAAGAAUGCUUCAGAUGGUAACAAAAUACAGCCAUCAUAUUCAGGAAGUAACUUAAACGAGAGCGAAUGUUCUGCAGACGUUAAGAAAACAAAUUCGAAAGAUGAAAUGAGGAAGAAAUCACGUCCUGGCGAAAACAACAAUAUAAGCAACAGUGUCUCUUUGUAUGAGCAGCUGAAAGAACAGAGUGAUAGAACAGACUUGAGUGCCAGUCACAAUUGGCAUACAAGCGCUAGUCGCGUCAGCAGCUCAGUUGAUUCCAAUGAUCCCUUCAUAGUGGUGGAAUCUUUUAUGAAUGAUGAUUCGUUUGAAGAUACAGCUAGUCAAUAUGAAACAGAUGAGGUGGAUGGAGGCUGUCCUUCAGAAGAGUACACAGCUCAAGAAAUUGAACGGCUGUUGAAGAAAGUUGAGAGGACACGCGAGGAAUUAAUUCGCAUGCAAGCUACUAAAGACGAGAAUGUUAAGGAGUACCUGAAAACUGUGGACAGUGUUAGUGAGAGCACUGUCAAUCAAAAAAGUAAAAUGAAUUUCGAAAAGAAUAAUCUGAAAACGAACAGUAGCAUUCAGAUCUUACAGAAGAAGUUAGAAAAGUAUCAACAACAACUCAAGGCGUUAGAAGAGCGGGGCAUCCAUGGUCCAAGAAGAAUUAUCAGAGUCGUUCAAGAUUCGGUUAGAUCAGGAGCAUCGAGCAUAACUGGUGCUGUAUCAAAACCGUUGGAAUCAAUAAAUCAAUUUAUGAAGAAGGAAAAGAAGAAUUCCAGUUUUGAAAAUGUACCUUACACAAACAGUCAUACGGAUGACGAAACGGAGAGACAUUUCUUUAACAAUAAUGCAAAUACUAGUGAUGACGAAAAUAAUUCUAGUUCAAGUUCAAACCAACAAAUCACAGCACUUGCAACCGACUACGCGAAAACAAACGGCAAAUUAUAUACAAAACAACAAGAACGUAUCGAUAAACUGGAAAAAGAGAACGAAGAGUUUCGAGAAAGUAUUUCCUCCCUAAAGGAUGGUCUUGAAACCGUGAUAAACUCCUUGCAAAAAGAAAAAUAUAAAUCAGAUCAAUUACGAAGUCAGAUGGAUGAUAUGUAUAACCAAUGGAAUGACCUUACUGAAUUGCAUCAAAACGAGAUGAUGGGCUUAAAGCAAGAAAUGGAUCGCACAGCGGAGAAUAUCGAAAGAAUCGAUUAUCGAUUCGCUGAACGAGCUGGAGAAAUAGAAGAAGACGUUGAGAGCUGUGUGACCAGGAUCACAAAAAUGGAGUUGGAGCAGCAUCAAAAUCAACAACAUGCAGUUUCAGUAGAGAGUUAUUUCGACGGCAACGCGAAACAACUUUUAUCCAAACUACUUAGUCUUGUCAUAUCCAUCUUCGCUAUUUUACUCGUUAUUACGUCAUCAUUCCUAAAAGUCAUUCUUCCGUUUGCUUCGACAAGGUCCCGUAUCAUCACAGUUAUUGUCACCAUUUCAACGAUCGUCAUAUUACGUCGGAAUUCUGAUCACGUGAUCGUACAGACUGUCUUAUAUUACGCAAACAAACUGUUCGAACCUAUAUAUGACAGAUUGUCGACAAGAACUAAUGAAGCGGGUAUAGAUACCACUAUUGAGUUCAAACACGGUACAUUUACCAAAGAUAGGUAGCACAUAGUGACGUAGGUUUUUUAUAUCGUUUAUAAAUAAUUCGUUCAUUAUAUGCUGUCUACACCAAGAAUCUGCAUACUGCUGUGCACAACAUUAGUGAAAAACCGUGAAACAUAUUCGUGGUUAGUUAUAUGAAGAACUCGCCGCUACAUAUUUGUGAUAGCAGUCUUAAUAAAAUGCCGUUACUAGUUUAUAAUAUCAGUCUCGAUAAUCUGUCUUUAGACCUUUGUAAUAGUAGUCUUGAUAAUCUUAGAUAAUUUAUUAGCGUUAAUCCUUAUUGUAAAUUUAUUGGAUCUGUACCAAUAGGUAUUUUUGUGCAUGAUAUCAUAAAAUUGCAUAAUGGCUACUCCUCGAUAAUGUGCUGGAUUGAUCCGUGUUGAGCAUUUGUUUUUGUGCGACUUGCAGGUUAAUGUUUUUAACAUGGUUUUCUUGUAUCGUUUAAUACGUUUGGGUUUUCUGGUCUCCAGUUGUAUACUGUUUAGUUAAUGUCCAUGAUUCGUAUCAGCAGCGUGCUAAUUUCCAUUAAUUGUCGCACAGAGCAAAAGCAGAGCUUUGAACAUUUUUUGCCAUAUUUUGCAAACAUCUCUCAACGAAAGGCACUUGUCAAGUUGGUAAGAAAACUAAACUAACCAUCUUUUUAAAUGCUUUUUUAUCUUAACAAUUUUUUUAGACAAUAAAUUUAGCGUGUAUGUUUCAAUUAGUUGAAUAUUUAUUUUUCUAAAGUUGUAAUUAUUCUUUUUAGUGUAUAAUAUUCUAACUCUGCAUAAAUUAUAUAUAUACCAUAAUCCUUUGCAAGCUGAAUUCGCAAUGUCCAUUUACUUUUAGAAGUCGUCUAUGCUGUUUUGUAAAUAUACAAUUUCUCGCAAUGUAAUGAUUAUUGUUUAACCAUAAAUUAUUUUUACUA